CGGCUGGAGUAUAUGAGAGAACUUGACCGGGCAUCUCAAGGGGGUAUGUUUCUGAAAUUAUCCCCACAGGCAGAAGAGCAAAUAAUUGAAAACUUGGCUUCAAAUGACAAGUAUUGGUAUGCGGGUAAAGAGAGAGCUCAAAAUCCACCCGGUUUGCUCAAUCUUGAUCCCAUCACUGCACUUACAGCGAAGAUUGAGGGGCUGGUAGUGGAAGUGAAAGACUUGAAGGCGCAGACCUCUCAACAGCAGCAAGUUCAUAAUAUUGGGGCAUAUCAGCCCUCUUAUCCUAUGUAUUCUGCC